AUGGCACGCCGAACCCUCAGCGCUGUUGGCGUGGCUGCCGCGGCGAUGAUGCAAUCCCCUGCGGACUCGCUCCUCGGGAGCGCCAGUAUCCGCCAGCAACGCACCAACGUGUACGCUCCCUCUGCUGCGACUUGCAGCGGCAGAGACGUCAACAAGGCGGGCAACAGCGGCGUCUCGCCUGGGACAUUAGGUGGAGGAAGGGCACCCCCGUCGACCAGGGGCGGGUUGCGACGGCCGGCCCCGUGGAGGCUGCCUUCGGUUCGCGGGGGCGGGGGUGCCGCCGAAGAACCUCCUGCUGUGCGACGAGGUGAUGCUACUGCCGCCGCUGGGGUAGACAGAACCGACACAUCGCCAGUGGGUUCGUCUCGAAAUCCCGUUACUACCGCCUCCGCCACCACCACGAACGGUUCGGGCAGCAGCAAUGCAGCGCUCGGCGGUGGUGAGAAGGAAGCGACGGUAUCAGCAGCGGCACCCGUGCCGCCGUUUUCGAUGCCCCCGCGCGAGAGUCCCGGCAAAGCGAGCGACUUUGGGAGCAGCAGCGACGAUAGCACACUCGAUAUUCGAGAACGCGCGGGCUUCAGCCUGUUCCGCUGUGAUGCUUACCAUUGCGAGCGGGAGAUGGUGGAGAGCGGGGAGAUUUCUGCCUCCGCUCCGGCGACCACACAGGUGAUGAUGCGAUGGAACGAGCGGCCGAGACGGGCGUUGGUCCUCCUCAAGCCCGACCGGGACUUGUUGCCCCUUGCCGCACAGACCAUCGACUACCUGCAGCGGGAUAUGGGGCUUAAGGUCAUGGUGGAAACGGCGGCGGCGGAGGCAGUGGGCCAGGCCCUAGACGAGUUCACGGAGGGAGCUGCCGGGAAGCUGGAGGUAUUUACGCCGCCCGAGAGGUCGGUCGUGGCAGAGAUGGGCCCUAGGGGAGGGGCGGGACCCGCGCCCCCUCUUGACGGAGACAGAGUGGACUUCGUGCUUACGCUGGGUGGGGACGGCCUCCUGAUGUACAGCAACACGUUGUUCAGAAGAUCGGUGCCCCCGCAUCUGUGCUUUAACCUGGGGUCGAUGGGAUUCUUGAGCCCGUUCGAGUACGAGUCGAUGAAGGAGGAGGUCCGGCGGAUCAUGAGCGGGGGCAUGAAGGUCUCCCUCCGGAUGCGGCUGUCCGCGAGGAUAAUCAGAGACGACCAGACCUCGGAGGCCUUCCACGCCCUCAACGAGAUCGUCAUCGACAGAGGCUCCAGCCCCUACCUGACCAACUUGGAGUGCUACUGUGACGAGGAGCACCUGACGACCGUUCAGGCCGAUGGCCUCAUCAUCGCCACACCGACCGGUUCCACCGCCUACAGUAUGUCUGCUGGGGGCAGCAUGGUGAAUUGUGUAUUUUGUUUUUGUUCAUUCCUUUCGAUCAGUGCUCAGAACAUUUGA